ACGAAAAGGUCCGUUCACAAACUGUACUUCGCAAUAUGACGUUACAGAUGAAUCAGGGUCAAUUAAAGAAACAUUGCAAUUACUCAGUUUCAUUAAUCCAGGUACAUCAGGCUGACUAUGUUGUAUUCAGAAAUAUAGCUGACACGAUAUGUAGGAGUUUUAUUGCAGAAAAGGUUCUAAGAGCAGAUGUCGUCAUCAGAGAGCGACAUAACAACAAACGGCAGCGCUGGGUAGAAGGCUGCACGGCAAAGUCUGAUCAUGGACAGUGAAGUUCAGAGAGAUGGAAGAGUUCUCGAUCUCACAGAUGAUGCCUGGAGAGAAGACAGACUGCCAUAUGAGGAUGUCACAAUCCCACUGAGUGAACUUCCAGAAUCAGAACAAGACAACGGCGGAUCGACUGAGUCAGUCAAAGAGCAAGAGAUGAAGUGGUCAGAUCUCGCCCUGCAGAGUUUGCAUGAAAACACCCCAAACGUUGGCACUUAGAUGGGAAGAUGCUCUGUCCUCCCCAGCCAUGUAUUAUGAUGGAAAGAACUCGACUCAUUUCUGAACUACAACCUCAAAUAAUUGUGCCGCUGUG